GCAGCUUUGGUGCUUGCUAUGCUUGCUGGAUCUCGUCAGCAGACAGAUGAUCACCUUGGAGAUCUUGCAGAGUCAAAUAGGUCUCAGAAGGUGCCGAGCAUCAUGCUAGAGUUACUUUGGGGAGGCAUUAAAAUUAUUACCAAUGACUCAAUCAGGGUUCAGGAUGAAGAGGUGGCCUCGCUGCGUCCUGCAAAACGGUUACUCCAGCUCUUUCAACAUGAAAUUCCAAAACACCCGGCUGGGAUUGAGGAGCACCUGGAUCAUCUUUCACAAUCUGAUAUUCCUAUAACUACAGAUGAAUUUGAGCAGCUUGUUUUGACUGCAGUUUACUGUGCUUACCAAGUUCGUGCUGUCCAAGGCCUGGAGAAAAACCUCUGGAUCAACCUUUUCUCACAGUCGGUCACUGAAAUCAUCCGCGAGCUCUGCAAACAAGUCUGUCCUGUGGAAUCUAUGGAUUCUGCUCAGCUUCUGGCCUCGAGGCCCUGGCAGGAAAUGCCUUUCUAUAUUAGUGUACUGCAAAACUCCUACCAAUCCAAGCUAACCAUGAACUGAAGACCCUGAAGAAAGAGACUCUGAGGCAAAAAGGUCAAUUAUUAAUCCUAGAACACUUAAAUUAAUAUAUACAUUACUACAGAACUACUACAUUUUAGGCCUAUGGAUUUAUUU